CAGAAAUUGAAAUCUUCCCCCUUUCAAGUUUUCUAUUUCAGUGAAAAUGAACUGCACUUCUUCACUAUCUCUUACUACCAAAAGAUUAGCAGGAAAAGUGGCAAUUGUCACCGGAGGAGCCAGUGGGAUUGGGUCCAGCACCUCUAAAUUAUUUGUCCAAAAUGGUGCUAAAGUAAUAAUAGCUGAUAUCCAAGAAAAUCUAGGCCAAUCACUAUGCCAAGAAAUAGGCGAAAACGGCGACGUUUCCUACGUUCACUGUGAUGUUACUAAUGACAAAGAUGUUCAAAAUGUUAUUGAUUUCUCCAUGUCCAAGUAUGGAAAGUUAGAUAUCAUGUACAACAACGCCGGCGUCACCGGAAACCUAGAUCCGACGAUCUUAGCCACUAGUAAUGAAAAUUUCAAAAGGGUUUUUGAUGUUAACGUCUACGGUGGUUUCUUGGGAGCCAAGCAUGCAGCUAGGGUUAUGAUUCCUGCAAAAAAAGGUGUAAUUCUUUUUACUUCGAGUAUUUCUUCAGUUUGCUGCGGAGAAUCACCGCAUGCAUAUACAAUGUCGAAGCAUGCAGUGGUUGGAUUGAUGAAGAAUUUAUGUGUGGAAUUAGGGCAACAUGGGAUUAGGGUUAAUUGUAUAUCUCCUUGUGCAAUUUCUACUCCAUUGUUAAGAAAUGGAAUGGGUAAAGAUAAGGAUUUUGUGGAGAAUGUUGUUUAUGAGUCUGCUAAUUUGAAAGGGGCGGUGCCGCAGCCGGAGGAUGUGGCGGAGGCCGCCGUGUAUUUGGGUAGUGAUGAGUCGAAGUAUGUGAGUGGAGUAAAUUUGUUGGUGGAUGGAGGGUAUACCACCACUAAUCAGUCUUUUAGUAAGGUACUACAGAAAUUAAUGUCACCAUGAUCGGAAAUUUUGAACGAAAAAAAUUAAUGUCUCCAUUAUUUAUUAA